UCUCCCUUGAACAGCCUCCCCGAGUCACGACUGAAUCCCGCACCAGACGACUAUGCGGCACCGAGCUUUGCCGAUAAAGCCGAAUUGACGCUAUAUGCUGGCCGCGGCGGCAACGGCUGCGUCUCCUUUCAGCGAGAGGCGUUUCUCCCAGAUGGCCCUCCCAAUGGUGGCGAUGGCGGCAUCGGGGGCAACAUCUAUAUCCAGGCAGCCCACGGUGAAACCUCAUUGCACAAACUUGCACGUAGGCGUUUCAUCCGUGCCGGGCGCGGAAGGCACGGGCAGGGAAGCGGAAAAGGCGGCAUGCGAGGAGAAGACGUUGUCAUCACCGUUCCCGUGGGCACAAUCGUCCAGGAGAUUGAGCGCUAUGACCCAGCUGCCGAGGAGGAUAUGGCUAUGAGAGCGUACCAGGCGGUGAAGAAACAGAGGCGUCGCGAGCUUUUGGCCCAGCAGCAAUUGGAAUUGGAGACAGAAGUGGAAGAAGAGGCAGAAGAAGAUGCCGUGGAUGAGCGACGCCCAAAGAAGUAUUCUCCCGAGGACGAUUAUGAUCCAGAUGCCGAUGAUCCGGAGCGGGAGAAAUGGCUUCUAUAUCCCGGCAUGUCCAAAAACGACAUGAAGUCUGCAGAGUUUCCCAAGCUGCCCAAGCGAACUCGCUUCUUCCAGCAGCCUGCUGCACCAAUCUACCUUGACCUUUCUAGACCGACGCCCACGCCCAUCCUGCUGGCCGCAGGCGGCAUCAAUGGUCUCGGAAACCCUCACUUUACCUCAAGAAACCACCCUCGACCAGUCUUCGCCACCAAGGGUGACGAGGCCGUGACCAUGAAGAUCUCUCUCGAGCUCAAGCUCCUGGCCGAUGUAGGUCUGGUAGGCUUGCCCAAUGCCGGCAAAAGCACUCUCUUGCGAGCUCUCACCAAUAGCCGCACGCGGGUCGGCAAUUGGGCCUUUACAACUCUGCAGCCCAACAUCGGCACCGUCGUUUUGGACAGAUACUCUGGCCGCCCCAGCGUCAAACCGCGCCGCCAGCGUUACCCGUCUUCAUCUCAGGAAGCCGACACCGACGAUUCCGCCCUCGGAGAGCCGCGCACACGCUUCAGCGUGGCGGACAUUCCCGGCCUCAUUGAGGGGGCACAUCUCGACCGCGGCCUCGGCAUAGCGUUCCUCCGCCACGUCGAGCGCGCUGGAGUCCUCGCCUUUGUCAUCGAUCUCAGCGCCGGCAACGCCGUCAAGGCCCUCCAGGCCCUCUGGCGCGAAGUCAGCCUCUACGCUGAGAUGCGCCAGGAAGAAGAGCGUUCCCGCGAAAUCGAGGCCCGUGUCGACUGGGACCUCGUCUCCCAGGCCACGCGCGGGCCCGUCAACCUGAUGGGCGCCUCAUACGGCACUCCGUUGCCCAUGCAGGAAGCCCAGACCAGGGCGCCGACGCUGCACAUUGCGGGCAAGCCCUGGUUUGUCGUCGCUACCAAGGCCGAUUUGCCGGACACGCAGGACAAUUUCCGGGAACUCAAGACGUAUCUGGAUGGCGUGACGGAGGGACGAGAGCCGCAUCCGAGUGGCGUCGAGGGAGCGUGGACCAAGGGCUGCGCUGCUAUUCCAGUCAGUGCGAUU